AGAGAAACGGAGCCCACUAGCCACUCCUUCAAACGUGUCUUACCAACUCUCUUCUAGAAACAAAAUUAGGCUUCACCUUCCUCUCUCUCUCUCUCUCUCUCUCUCUCUUUCUCUCGAACCAACUCUCCAUAAAACCCUAAUUUUACGAUCACAAGAAUCAGAAAAAGGAAGAUGGGGAGGUCUCCUUGCUGCGAGAAGGACCACACGAACAAAGGAGCUUGGACUAAGGAAGAAGAUGAUAAGCUCAUCUCUUACAUCAAAGCUCACGGUGAAGGUUGUUGGCGUUCUCUUCCUAGAUCCGCCGGUCUUCAGCGGUGUGGCAAAAGCUGCCGUCUCCGCUGGAUUAACUAUCUCCGUCCUGAUCUCAAGAGGGGUAAUUUCACCCUCGAUGAAGAUGACCUCAUCAUCAAACUCCAUAGCCUUCUCGGGAACAAGUGGUCUCUUAUUGCGACGAGGUUACCGGGAAGAACAGAUAACGAAAUUAAGAAUUACUGGAAUACACAUGUGAAGAGGAAGCUAUUAAGAAAAGGGAUUGAUCCUGCGACUCAUCGGCCGAUCAACGAGACUAAAACUACUAAAGAUUCGUGUGAAUCUAGUAAAACAGAGGACCCUCUUGUCAAGAUUCUCUCUUUCGGUCCUCAACCGGAGAAAAAGGAAAGUUUUGGGGAGGAGAGAGCUCAGAAAGGACUGAUUAGCAAAAAGGAUAGAGUUGAGUACUCAGGAAGAUGUCUAGAUUUGAAUCUUGAGCUUAGGAUCAGCCCGCCAUGGCAAGACCAGCUCCAGGAUGAGACGAACAUGCGGUUCCAGAGAGAAAAGCAUCUGUGUACUGCGUGCCGUUUUGGAUUAGGGAACGUGAAGGAGUGUAGCUGUGAUAAUGUCAAAUGUCAAACAGAAGAAGACAGUAGUAGCAGCAGUUAUUCUUCAAGCGACAUUACUAGUAGCAUUGCUGCUUAUGACUUCUUGGGUCUAAACACUAGGGUUUUGGAUUUUAGCUCUUUGGAAAUGUAACGAAAAUGAAAUAUAUAUUAGUAAAAGAAAAAUUAUAGCUGUGAAUUGUGAUAUUAAAAUUAACUUUUCUACGAUUUUUUUUCAUCUAUGAUAGUUGUCAGGAUCUGUCAUCGUA